GGCCGCGGCUCGGGCGGCGGCGAUGGCGGCCGCGGCGGCCGCGCUGGGCCCGGCGCCGGCCCUCUGCCGCUCCGUGCACUGGUUCCGCCGCGGGCUGCGGCUCCACGACAACCCCGCGCUGCAGGAAGCGCUGCGGGACGCCACGUCCCUCCGCUGCAUCUAUAUCCUGGACCCCUGGUUCGCCGCCUCCUCCGCCGUGGGCAUCAACCGCUGGCGAUUUCUUCUCCAGUCCCUGGAAGAUCUGGACAACAGUUUAAGGAAACUGAACUCUCGCUUGUUUGUCGUGCGAGGGCAGCCAACAGAUGUCUUCCCAAGACUCUUUAAAGAAUGGGGAGUCACUCGUCUCACCUUUGAAUACGACUCGGAGCCGUUUGGAAAGGAGAGGGAUGCAGCUAUCAUCAAACUGGCCAAGGAGGCUGGUGUGGAAGUGGUGAUAGAGAACUCCCACACUCUCUAUGACCUGGACAGAAUAAUUGAGCUGAAUGGCCACAAGCCACCCCUCACCUACAAGCGCUUCCAGGCCAUCAUUAGCCGUAUGGAGCUCCCAAAGAAGCCAGUGAGCACUGUAAUAAGUCAGCAGAUGGAAACAUGUAAAGUGGACAUCCAGGAAAACCAUGAUGAUGUCUAUGGGGUCCCAUCCCUGGAAGAGCUGGGCUUUCCUACAGAUGGUCUUGCCCCUGCAGUUUGGCAAGGAGGGGAGACGGAAGCUCUGGCACGGCUGGAUAAACACUUGGAAAGAAAGGCAUGGGUUGCGAAUUACGAAAGACCAAGGAUGAACGCCAAUUCAUUGCUGGCCAGCCCUACAGGACUCAGUCCCUACCUGCGUUUUGGCUGCUUGUCCUGCCGCUUGUUUUACUAUCGUCUCUGGGAGCUGUAUAAGAAGGUGAAGCGGAACAGCACACCCCCCCUCUCUCUGUAUGGACAGCUUCUGUGGCGGGAGUUCUUCUACACAGCAGCCACCAACAACCCGAAGUUUGAUCGCAUGGAGGGGAAUCCCAUCUGCAUACAGAUCCCCUGGGACAGGAACCCUGAAGCCUUGGCAAAGUGGGCAGAGGGCAAGACAGGCUUCCCUUGGAUUGAUGCAAUCAUGACUCAACUGAGACAAGAAGGGUGGAUCCACCAUCUGGCCAGGCACGCAGUGGCCUGCUUCCUGACCAGGGGUGACCUCUGGAUCAGCUGGGAGUCAGGAGUCAGGGUGUUUGACGAACUGCUACUGGAUGCAGAUUUCAGUGUGAACGCAGGCAGCUGGAUGUGGCUCUCGUGCAGCGCAUUCUUCCAGCAGUUCUUCCACUGUUACUGUCCUGUGGGCUUCGGACGGCGCACAGACCCCAGUGGUGACUAUGUAAAGAGGUAUCUGCCCAAACUAAAGGGUUUCCCCUCACGAUAUAUAUAUGAACCGUGGAAUGCCCCAGAGUCUGUGCAGAAGGCAGCCAAGUGCAUCAUUGGGGUGGACUACCCCAAACCCAUGGUGAACCAUGCAGAGACCAGCCGACUGAACAUCGAGCGCAUGAAGCAGAUCUACCAGCAGCUGUCACGCUACAGGGGCCUCUGUUUACUGGCAUCUGUCCCUUCAUGUGUGGAAGAUCUCAGUGGCCCAGUCACAGACUCAGCUUCGGGGCAGGGCUGCAGCACCAGUACAGCAGUGAGGCUGUCUCAAGCAGACCAGGCUUCUCCAAAACGCAAACACGAGGGAGUGGACGAGCCAUGCACUGAAGAACUGUACAAAAGAGCCAAAGUGACAGGUCUCCCAGCUUCAGAGAUCCCUGGAAAGAGUUCGUGAUUCCAGCGACAAGCACCUUGCAAGUGAAGAGGGAGAGUGCUGAAGAGGUGACCAGAAGAGUAGGAACUGCUGUCACAGAGGGACUGGAACUUGUGAUCCGCAACAGAAAAUCCGGGGUCUCAUAUAACCGUGUAAUUCCAAUAGCUGCCACAGAAGGGCACUGCAUUACUCGUGCUUGGGAAUAUUUGGCUUUCUGGUCUUCAGAGAGCCAAAUACAUCUCUUCUCAGCCAUGCCCAAAAUCUGCCCACAUUAAAGAGGGCAAGAACCUUCUGUCAA